AUGACCACACAUACUGCGCAGGAAAACCUGGUGAGCGCGAGCUGGGUGGAUCCUGAGGCAAUCCGGAGUGUCUGCAGGGGCGCUGCGCUCCUGACCGUUCCCACCCGCGACUCCCCGCGGUUUGAGGACGCACUUUCCACGCAAGCGAGUCUCUCCGCCUCUUGCACCCCGCACUACUCGUCUCCUCUAUCCUUAAAAGUGGACCCCAAAAUCCAGGACCGGGACUUCUGGGCCAGCCUCCAUGGCCAGGUCCCGGGCUUGUUGGACUGGGAUAUGGGCAAUGAGUGCUUCUUGUCCUUCACCACGUCACACCUGUCGGAGGCCGAGCAGAAACUUGCCCUAUACAGACUCCGAAUCGUUGAACCACCAAAACUGCCUUUGGAAAAAAUACCCAACCCUGAUAAAGAUGGCCCAGACAUUAAGCCCAAUCUGUGGAUGUGGGUGAACCCAAACAUCGUGUAUCCUCCUGGCAAGCUGGAGGUCACGGUCAAAAAGGAAGACCCGUCGAGCGCACCGCCUGCCUCCCAGUCAGCCCUGAAAGAGGAAGACAGCUGUUCAGAAGCCUCGGAGAUACCAGCACAGCAGCUGCCGCCUCCUUCUCGCAAGCAGAAGAGGAAGCAGAAGGAGAAACACAUUGCCUCUUCCCCUAGCAUCUGGGAGGAGCCUACAGAAGAGGAGGAGGCCAAGGACCGUGAUGACAGCUUCUCUGUGGCUCUCCCAUCCCUUUCCACAAGGGCCCCACUCCAGAAUCGGUGGAGGCUCCGGCAAGCCAUCAGCCCAGAGGGGCGGCUCUGGUCCCGCCCCCCUCUUCAUUACUUCCACCUCAUUGCCUUGGCACUCAGAAACAGUCCUCCCUGUGGCCUCAGCGUGCAGCAGAUCUACAACUUCACUCGAGAGCACUUCCCCUUUUUCCGGACAGCUCCAGAAGCCUGGAAGAAUACGGUUCGUCACAAUCUCUGUUUCCGAGACAGCUUUGAGAAAGUGCCGGUCAGUAAGCAGGGGGAGGCCAGCACUCGGCCUCGAUCCUGCCUCUGGAAGUUGACGGAGGAGGGACACCGCCGCUUUUCAGAGGAGGCCCGCACCCUGGCUUCCACUCGGCUGCAGAGUAUCCAGCAGUGCAUGAGCCAGCCAGAUGUGAUGCCCUUCCUCUUUGACCUUCAAGAAUAAGAAUCAGCCAUGCCCUAUUAAAGAUUCCUUCAGCAACA